GGUGGACUGCUGCGCCCUGGGGCUUCGGUCCGGAGGCCGCCCGCCCUCUCGCAGCCCCGGGACUGCGGGGGGUCAGCUGGGGGCGGGGAGCGCCGCGACGGCCACGAGCCCGGGAACCUGCGCGCGCCCGCGCGCGGGUGGCAGGCCCGGGGCCCCGCUCCCCCGCCUCCCCCGCCGAGCUCCGCGGUGGUCUGCGCCGGCAGCGCGGGAGGCUUGAAGCGCCCGACCGCGCGCGCAGUCCCUCAGGCGGCUUUCCGUCGGCGCGGCACCAUGGACGCUCGGCGAGCGGAGGUCCGCGCUUUGGAAGCCGAGAUCGCCGCCCUGCGGCGCGCAUGCGAGGAGCCGCGGGCGCCGGGGGAAGACACCUCGCGAGCGCGAAAAUCCCUUCAAGAAAUACAUCAGUCAGAUUCUGGAGAAUGGGCCGCUUCAAAAGAUCUGAGAGGUCAUCUUGGACAUUUAGAAUCAGAACUUCUUUUUCUAAGCACACUUACUGGCAUCAAUAUAAUAAAUUACUCCAUGAAAACGGAGGACGUAACAAGCACUGAGAAUACAGAAAAGAGUGUAAAGAAAGUUCUGCAGAGACACAGGUUAUCAGGAAAUUGCCACAUGAUUACAUUUCAACUUGAAUUUCAGAUUCUGGAAAUCCAGAAUAAGGAGAGUUUAUCUUCUGUUAUUACUGACCUCAACAUAAUAAUGGAGCCCACCGAAUAUUCAGAAUUAAGUGAAUUUGUGUCUAGAGCAGAAGAUAGAAGAGAUCUAUUGAUGUUUUUCCGAAGCCUACACUUUUUUGUGGAGUGGUGUGAAUAUCGUAAGUGCACAUUUGAACACUUCAAGAUACACCAACAUCUGAAGAGAAUUGCUGUCCAGAUAUUGCAGCCUAGGAGAAGCUUCUGGGGAGCGCAGCCCUGGGGGGCAGCAGCCUUCUCUCUCCUCCACGGCCCUCCUGUCCUGCUCUCUACCUGCCCCUCGACUGUGUCCGCUUUUAGCACGUACAAGGCAUUUCUGUAUUUAACUUGUCAAGUGGCAUGUAUUUUUGUUGGUGUUUUAAAGAUGAGAAGGUAAAUAAAACAUUUUAGGUUUCAUGUUGAAAAACAGCCACCUUAUCGAAAGCCAGAUAAGGUGGUUUUUUAAAUUGUGUCGUUCUGAAUUAAACUGAUUUUUCCUAUAUAAAAAAAUUGUCUUUCCACUUUUACUUUAUGAUUUUUCUCCUUUGUGAAAGAUCACCACUGGAUUCAUAAAAACAGCUUUGCCGUGUUUUUAACUUAACAGUUGAUGUUCGUUUUGUUAAUCUUCUGAGUCAGGUGUGCAGUAGAAACAGGUUAUGAAGUGGCUGCUUUUACUGUGGACACUGAAGGCCAGAGCUGUUUGAAAGGGAACUGUAGUGUUGAUCUUAGGUACUGAUCUUUCUGAUUCAGGCAGUCAUCAUAAGUGAGAGCGGGCACCCUUGUCAGACAAGGAAUGGACUCUGAGCAGGAGUCCUGAGAAAGGCGAACUUGUCGAGUUCAUUGCCAGACUGGGAGCUUGCAGGGAAGCGCUAGCAGGCUCUAGAUGCAUCUCACUUUGAGGCACCAGCUUCAGGCCACGUGGUAAAGAACAA